UUGUCCAAUAAACGAGAGGCAGAAGAAAUAUUAAACAUGUGCGAAUGGAAUUUGGAAGAAGCAAUAUCUACCUAUAUGAAUGAUGAUGAUUUUACAAAGCUAGAAGGUGUGUCAGGCUCGAUAAAAUUUUCUGAAGUAGAAAAUAAGAUAAUAGGAAAGGAAAACGAAAAUGAUAAAACUUUAGAACAGAACAGUAAAACUUAUGACAAUAAAUUUAGUGACAGUAAAUCUAGUGACAGUAAAUCUAGUGAUAGUAAAUCUAGUGACAGUAAAUCUAUUAAUAGUAAAUCUAAUGAAAGUGAUAGUGACAACAAAUUUGCUGACAAAAACGAAAUCAACGCAAAAGGAGAUAACCUUGGGAAAAAUCAGUUUAUAUACUUAAUAAAUAAAUUUAGUAAAACAUUCAGUCCAUUUUUUACAUCCGUUUUUAAUCUUAUAAAAACAUGUUUUCAACUGGUCA